AUGGGUUUCCUUAUCAAAGAUUUCCUUAUUGGGGGACACUUUAGAAAUCCUUUCACUGAUAUUACUGCUGAGUUCUUAAAACAUAAAGGAUUUAGCACUGUCAAUGUUGUUGUUGUUGAUGUGGCUGAUGUUGUGGGUGUUGUUAUUGCUUUUGUCACUGUUUCUCUUGUUACUGUUGCUGUAGAUACUGUUACUGUGCCACCACCAACACAGCCUCCACCAACACAGCCUCCACCAACACAGCCUCCACCAUCACCACCACCACCACCAACACAGUCACCACCAACACAGCCUCCACCAACACAGCCUCCACCAACACAGCCUCCACCAACACAGCCACCACCAACACAGCCACCACCAACACAGCCUCCACCAACACAGCCUCCACCAACACAGCCACCACCUACACAGCCUCCACCAACACAGCCUCCACCAACACAGCCACCACCAACACAGCCACUACCAACACAGCCUCCACCAACACAGCCACCACCAACACAGCCUCCACCAACACAGCCUCCACCAACACAACCACCACCUACACAGCCUCCACCAACACAGCCACCACCUACACAGCCUCCGCCAACACAGCCUCCACCAACACAGCCACCACCAACACAGCCUCCACCAACACAGCCUCCACCAACACAGCCACCACCAACACAGCCACCACCAACACAGCCUCCAACAACACAGCCUCCACCAACACAGCCUCCACCAACACAGCCUCCACCAACACAACCACCACCUACACAGCCUCCACCAACACAGCCACCACCUACACAGCCUCCGCCAACACAGCCUCCACCAACACAGCCUCCACCAACACAGCCUCCACCAACACAGCCUCCACCAACACAGCCACCACCUACACAGCCUCCGCCAACACAGCCUCCGCCAACACAGCCACCACCAACACAGCCUCCACCAACACAGCCUCCACCAACACAGCCACCACCAACACACGCCACCACCAAACAUCCUCCACCAACACAGCCUCCACCAACACAGCCUCCACCAACACACACCUCGACCAACACACACCCACCACCACAAGCCUCCACCAACACAGCCACCACCUACACAGCCUCCGCCAACACAGCCUCCACCAACACAGCCUCCACCAACACAGCCUCCACCAACACAGCCUCCACCAACACAGCCACCACCAACACAGCCUCCACCAACACAGCCUCCACCAACACAGCCACCACCAACACAGCCACCACCAACACAGCCUCCACCAACACAGCCUCCACCAACACAGCCUCCACCAACACAGCCUCCACCAACACAACCACCACCUACACAGCCUCCACCAACACAGCCACCACCUACACAGCCUCCGCCAACACAGCCUCCACCAACACAGCCUCCACCACACAGCCUCCACCAACACAGCCUCCACCAACACACCAUCAUCAUCAGUGCUCCCCCACACAACCGCUCUCCCCACACACAACCACCUCUUCCACAACCAUCACUCCCACAACCCCACCCCAAAGUUUCCCAACUCCCAACAACCAUUGCCCCCCAUAA